UGGGACUGCAGGGAAAGUAACAAUAUGAACACUGACAGGAUUUUGGGAGAAGCUCUCAUCUGCAAUAUUAUAUACCUCUGUAGCUGGGAUCGAAGCAGUGAAGAGUGGUUAGUGGCUUGGGAGCCAAAGGCAACGAUCGCAUAGCACACAUCUCGGAGUUUGUGUUCUAAUUAACCGCACCGCAGUGUAAUUUUGAAUUAUUGUACUAUGUGCUCUAAUUACCCGCGACGCUGUGAAAUGUUGAACAACUUUAUUGUGUGCGCGCGCAAAACUUUGUGUGUGCGUCUCUCUUCGACGCGCUCACGGGCAGUUGCUGGCGCCCUGGAUGCAGAGUUUGGCGGGUAAAGAGAGAGGAAGUGGCGGGAAAUGACGGGCGAGACGUCAUGGACGGAAUGUGCCACACAGGUAAUGGAGGAGAAGGAGGAGGUGUGGUUCACUGUGCAAGCCAUCGUGAGCGAGAUACGAGACAGGAACAUGAAACCAAGCAUGCACCAUAUGCCAAUCAGCGAGGCCUGUCGUAGUCUGAGGUCCUGCCUCCGACAUCACGCUAAGAAAGAAAACGGAAGAUUUGUGAGAAGAAACAGCGACACUCUCAUCCAGUAUGCCCUCAGAAAGGGCGUAGAACGUAAGAAGAGAUCUGUCCAGACGGCCAGAAGGUCUGCAAAGCUCCAUCGACCUCCUGACUCCGCCCCCCAGAGCAUAGUGGGCGUGGCUUCCUCUGGGGGCUCAGUGGGCGGGGCUGUUGUUGUUCAGGUUGACAGCCCAGAUGAAUUCUUGGCUAAGACUAACAGACCAAGGCAGAUGUCCAGAGACUCAGCCACGGGGUCCUCUGCUGGGUUCCUGCUCCCGUCUCCCACCAGCUCCCUCCUCGGGCCGCGACGAACCCUCAGUCUCCUGACGGCUGGCGAGACCAGCAGCAGUCGACCUGUCAGGAAGACGAGGGGUCGGGCUCCUCGAGAGAGGGCCAGAGACAGAGCGCUCGUCAAGAUAGAGGAAACAGCCUCCAGCGACAUCGGGUUCCCUCCGCGAUCUCUCCCUGAACCUGAGGAGCUGAGUCCACUCCUCGCCAGAGACGGAUGGUCUGUGGCUUUUCUCAAGUCUCAUUACCAGCAGUCAGUGGGCGGGGCCAAGUGUGGCCACACCCCCAACCCUCCUCCCUCUCAUGUUCAAGGUGAUCGUGCUGUAAGUCGUGUCCUGUGUGAGGUGAACCCUGAUCUCCCCGUGACCUCCGACCUCAGCAGCAGCUGCGAUGACAGCGAGACCGAUACCUGCAGCGAGACUGAGACCACACCCACUGAAACCAUGGAAAUCACAUAUCUUCCCCUCCCAAGGUGCUAAUCGACCCCAACUCCCCCCACACCUCCCCUCCCUCUCCUCAUCCUCACCACAUAAGCAAGCCCCACCCCACUCUGUUGCCAUGGCAGCUAAGAGGUCGGAGGUCAGCCGGCAGCUGGCAUUCCUUCUCUCUACCUCGUCACCUCUGGUUGGAGAAAACCUCAAGGUUCUGCUGGGUCAAAGAUCAUUUGAAACUCUCUCCCAGUCUCAGAGACAGUGUCUGAAGCAGCUGCUCCCCUCUGUAGACAGGGACACCACUGACAGGUUGCAGCCGGUUGCCCUUAACAACUCGUUCUUCGGCAGUGCCUGUCGAGAGUGGCAGGACCAACUGGCACUUGGUCUCCAUGGCAACAGCACUGGUGGUCGUCGUGGCGACAAGAAACCUCGCAACUGUGGCGACUGGAAGGACAAGUACUUUGAGUCAGAGUGGGGUCAAAGGCAAUGUAAGGUGGAGAAAAGUGACGCCAUUUUCUUUCCUCGUGACCACGAUCCUCCACUCUCUCACACCCUCUCCUCCAUCCUCAGUGGUUUCAACUCUCGCCGUGCUGCCCUCUCCCCUCCUCCUGCCCCUCCUCCUUCUCGACCACAACAAAAACCUGUGUCAAAACCAUCGACGAGCAAGUCUGUUUGCUCUGUGAGACAGCGCUCUCCUCACACCCGCCACGCCUCAUCUGCCGUCAGAUCUAAGAGAGAUUCUCACAAUCCACGAAACAACUUCAGAAUUCUCUCUCCGUCGUCAAGGAAACCUGUCACUAGUCGGAACCACCUGGUGCUCUCUAAUAAGAACAGGAUCUCCUCGCGUUCCUCGUUUCUCAGUCCACUCCCUCACAAGAUGUCGUACACAGCUCUAAUUGAUGCACUCCACAAGGCAUCUCGCAAUAACAACACCAGUUGGGCUCUACAUCUCUAUGCCAACCCUGCAAACUCUGAUGUCUCUCCUCUCCACGUGCAACACACAAACUCCGUCUUCCACGAUCAUUUCUCAACUCUUGCCUCUCCCUCCGUCCCCUCUGCCUUCCUCUCCUCCUACCCCCUCGUCGUCUCUCUCCCUCUCUCUCUCCACACCAACCUCCUCCGGCAGCGAGUCGUACUCUCCGAUCACAACUACACACCUUUGACCUCUGACUCCCAGCCUGCUUCUCUUCCUCUCUCUCUCCCUCGGUCCCUUCUCCCCUCUCCCCCUCCUCACACCCUCUCCUCGUGCUCCUCACGUAAACUGGCUCUCUGCUCUACCUGCAACUCUCUCUAUCAUCUCAACUGUUCCCAUGGAAACCUCUGCCCAAGCUGCACCAGACCGUUGUCAUGACAACAAUGUAUAUAUUGAAAUGUGUGUAUAUAUGUACCAAACGAGAUUUAUGAUUUCCUCUUCAGCAAAGGAUCUUCACAUGCAGCGAUAUCAUUGCAACAAAUCCUUGCCACCAUUUUAAUUGUCGCC